UACCACCACUACACUCUCAUUUGUAUCUGGGGAUAUAUCGAUAACUAUUUAUUUUCCAGAUUCUGUUGACAACUAAAAACAUUUUCGCAAUGGGUUUUUUUUAAUAAUUUCGCGUGCAAAACGGUGAUAUUAUUGAUUUUGUAUUGCAUUUAAUGCAUUGGCCACAACAGAGGCAACGAAUAGCACGCAAAAUAGCAGUCGGAGGUGGUGAAAAAGUUUUGUUUACCUUUUUUCGAUAUCCGAGAAUUCUGCUGCGUUCUGGCCUGCUGGUGUGUGAGUGUGUGCCUUCGGUGGCCCCGUCGUGGGUGUGCGUGUGUGUGUGUGUGUGUGUGCGAGCUGGUGUGCAAAAAUGGAAAUGCAUCUUCUAAAUAAAUGUGCCACAGCCAGAGAUAGUGCAUUCUAAAAUUGUCGCAAAAUCUGCACCACAUGGAAAAUGUGCCCGAUGUUUGUUCCAGCCUUUCGUCUUCUUCUUCUACUACUUCUUCUUCUUCCAGCCAGAAACUCCAAAGUCAAGUCAAUUCCAAAAAUGUUCUAAUCAGAUCACUGAGCAGCGGCAAGCUAAGCAAUGAAGUUGAUUCCAUUAAAGCAGCAGCAGCAGCUAGAGAUUCAAAGACAACGACGACUCUGCGAGCGGCCAAGCUCAAGAUCGGGGCCAUGCAACAGCAACAGCAGAAGCAGCAACUCCAGCAACAGCAACAUCAGCCUGCCAGCGGAGUCGGUGGCAGUAAUAUCAUCCUAUUGCGAGGAACACGCAACGAAAAUGGACAGAUUAUCAUCCAGAACAAACAGGAUAUACUUAGCCUGCUCAGCGAACAGCAGCAGCAGCAGCAGCAGCAGCAACAACAGCAACAUCAGGACAAAAACCACACGUCCACGGCCAUUACGCUUAAUCAGCUGCCCACAACCACGACUGUGGCACGCAAAACAAUUGUCCAAAGUUCGACUGCCGGUAACAGUAGCAGCACUAGCAACAGCAACAGCAGCAGCAACUCCACCAUCUCCAUUGUGGCCAGCGGCAACAAUAAGGAGGCCAGCAGCAACACGAUCCUGUUGCAGACUCCCAUCAACGCCAGUCAGCUGGAGAGCGUGUUGAAGGCCCAGGAGCGAUCUAAGCAGGCCAACGGCACGCAAACGAAGCUGGUGGAGCGGCCUUUUAUGCUUAAACACGCCUCGCGGAGUCUCAGUUCCGAGAGCAAUGGCGACACCAAAUCACCUUUUGUGCUGCAGACCCUGAAACGUCUGGAGAAAUCCCAAUCCAUCCUGGUUAUUCGAAACUCUACCACAUCUUCGGGUAGCACUUCAAUGGCCACAUCGCCGCCAGCCAACGGUUCGCAGCUCUCCACGGCCAGCAUCCUAAGCGUAACACGGACCACGAAGACGGCUAAGGGCGUUGCUGGGUCGCUGCACAAACUUAAAGCGGCAGCGGCAUCAGCGGUGGCAGCCACGCCAUCCUCAUCAGCGGGCACAACGAUUCUGAGGCUGGGCAAGAGUGCCACCACACUGGCCAUAAAUGGAGCUGGAGGCAACAAAGUCGAGGCAGCGGCAAACAGCACAGCCACGUCAGUAGGAGCAGCAGCCACCACAACAUCAAAUAAAUUGUCCAGCGCGGUGACAUCGGAGCCGGCCAACAACCAGACGCCACAAUCGACAACAACGCAAACGAAUGUGCCGCUUGGGAACGAUGGCGAACCCAUCAAGCUGCCCGACAAUUUGGAGAGCCUGCCAAGAGCCGACAGUUUUCCAUCACAGCGUCAUCGUUGGAAUACAAAUGAGGAAAUCGCAGCGAUUCUUAUCAGCUUUGACAAACACGGCGAAUGGCAAUCCAAAGAAGUUCGAACCAGACCCAAGAGUGGAUCCUUAUUACUUUAUUCAAGAAAGAAGGUGCGCUACCGACGCGAUGGCUAUUGCUGGAAAAAACGCAAGGAUGGCAAAACAACUCGAGAGGAUCACAUGAAACUGAAAGUCCAAGGAACGGAGUGCAUCUACGGCUGUUACGUACACUCGGCCAUAUUGCCGACAUUUCAUCGCAGAUGUUACUGGCUGUUGCAGAAUCCUGACAUUGUUUUGGUGCACUAUCUGAAUGUUCCGUAUCCGGAUGAUAAUAAAAUGGCCGUAAUAGCUCCCAGCAUCACGCUCUGGGGCGACAAGAAGGAGUGGACCAAGGAGGAGCUAGUCAGUCAACUGAAGCCCAUGCUUUCAACAGUUAAUUCAGACGAUGAUUCCGAUUCUGGCAAUGACAUAGAAAUAUCGACCGCCGAGACCGUAGAAUCUAUUGUUUGCCAGUUGAUGGAGAAGCAAAGAUUGUCCCGACAGGCUGCUCUGGUGAAGCAACUGGACUGCGGCUGCGGGGAUGCCGGUUGUGCGGAUGGGAAGACCUGCUCACAUCCUGUGAUGCGGCGUUCCGGCGCCAUGCUCAAGUCCUCGGUGCAGGAGAAGCGACUGGGCGAAGGCUUCAAUGCCAAUGGCAACGCACCCAACGUGGUGGUGGCCAGCAAGUUGUACUCCCGCUGGGCGGAGAGACCCAGGCAGCUGGUGGAGAAUCCGCACGGGCAGUUUCACAAUGCCACGCAACAGCUGCCCCAGGAGUCGGCCAUUAAGUUCCAGAUCAUUCCGCCACAGCAGCAGCAGCAGGAUGGAAGCUAUCAACAGCAAUAUCGAGGAAACAGUCAGAUGUUGGCCGCCAGGAGCAAUCUGGUGAUGCAACAGCAGCAACAACAGCAGCAAUACCAUCAACAGCAGCAACAGCAACAGCAGCACCUGAGUCUGCAGAGAUUUGUUGCCAGUCAGAGUCAGAGCUCGGUGCAUCUCAAUCAGCAGCACAGGCUACAAAUUGCCAAUACAACAAUUACGGCGACAGGACGAGAUCCUGCAGCGGCGGCGGCGGCAGCAGCCGUAGCCUCAAAUGUUAUGGAUACUGAAGUAAUUGAAAACCAAAGCCACAUGACCGCAAACAAAAUCACAAACUCCAAUACCAGCAGCAGCAAUAAUAGCAGCAGCAACAGUAAUGGCAGCAAGCAAUUAGCAGCUCAAACAAACAACGAAUUAAAUGUCGUAAAUAAUAACGACCCCGGCAACAAUAACUUUAUGUACAAUCAACAGCAGCAACUCAAUGCUUCCAGCAGCAAUAGCAGCCAGCAGCAGCAACAUUAUUAUAAAUUGCAACAGACAACAGUCACCCCAAGUAGUGGUCAACCCCCGCCUCUCCAGCAGCAGCAGCAGCAGCAACAUCAACUACCCCAACCCCAACCCCAGGUGGAGGCCAUGUGCAUGUCCCCCGAACAUCGCAGCAGCAGCAGCAACGGCAACAGUCAGCCCCCAGCAGCAACGUCUUCCGCUGGCAAUAGCAAUUGCAAUGCCUCCACCUCCCUCACAGUCUCCUCCACAUCCACUUCGGGCACUUCAUCCACUUCGAGUUCCUUACAAUCGAUUAUCGAUGGCAAUCAGCAGCAGCAGCAACAGCAACAACAGCAACAGAUUACAACAACGACUUCGACGGCAGCAACUUGUGAUAAUUUAAUGAGCGCCAAUGCGCUCUCUGAGGAUGUGGGCAGCAGCAACAGCAGCAGUAGCAUCAUUUCCAGCCACAGCAACAUCAACAAUCAGGCCGCAGAUCCCCAGGCCCUCAACAGGAGUCAGACCCUGAACCAAAAUGGUUGUGCAACUUUCAGUGCUUCCAGUGAUAAUAGCAGCCAAAUUAGCGCCAGCGACGAGAGCAGCAGCUUUGGUGGCAACAAUCAGAAUAUCACCAACAGCAACUGCAACAGUAACAGCAGCAGUAGCAGCGAGGAUGAGCCACAGGCCGAGACACUGAGCUUCUUCAAUGAGACUUUGGAUUUGUCCCACGAGGACAUUCAGCGGACUUUGAUAGCCAAUAUGCCGGGCAACGCAGUGGGAGGAGAAGCAGUUGCAGCAGCAGCGGCAGUGGCAGUUGCAACAACGGUUGCCAAAGCCAAGAACAAUCACCAAGAAACCGAAACAAAAGCAGCCCUGAGAACUGAGUCGACGAAUAAAGCCGAGGAAGAUGAGACGAACGAUGUGUUUGCCAAUCUGGAUGCUUUCGAUAUGCUCGUGGAAUUUCCCGAACUCGACUUGGACGACAAGCAGGCUCUGAACAACACGGCCCUGGAGCAGGGGUCGUAUUUGGGAGAGGCGACGCCAUCCCAGCACCACCAUCAUCCGCACCAGCAGCCUCGCAAAGCGCUCAAUAUUUGCGACUUUAGUCCGGAAUGGUCUUACACAGAGGGCGGAGUUAAGGUCCUAGUGGCAGGGCCUUGGUCUAGUAGCCAUGGUGCUGCCUACACUGUGCUCUUCGAUGCCCAACCUGUGCCUACCCAACUGGUCCAGGAGGGAGUCCUUCGAUGCUAUUGUCCUGCCCAUGAGGCGGGCUUUGUGACCUUGCAAGUGGCCUGCGGGGGAUUCCUGGUCUCCAAUUCAGUGAUGUUCGAGUAUAAGCUGUCCCUGCUGGCGGAUGCUCCUUUUGAUGCCAGCAGCUCCAAUGAUUGCCUGUACAAGUUCACUUUGCUGAACCGUCUGUCCACCAUCGACGAAAAGCUGCAGGUCAAAACCGAACAUGACUCAACAACCGAUCACACUGCUCUGUAUCUGGAGCCAAACUUCGAGGAGAAACUGGUGGCCUAUUGCCACAAACUGACCAAACACGCCUGGAGCUUGCCCAGCACUGCGGCAUCCUGGUCUGUGGACCUGCGUGGCAUGAGUCUCCUUCACCUGGCCGCCGCUUUGGGCUACGCCAAGCUGGUAGGAGCCAUGCUGAAUUGGCGGGCGGAGAAUCCACAUAUCAUUUUGGAAACGGAACUGGACGCCCUCAGCCAGGAUGUAUACGGCUUCACACCUCUGGCCUGGGCCUGUGUCCGGGGGCAUGUAGAGUGCUCCCUGCUGCUCUACAAGUGGAACCACAAUGCUCUGAAAAUUAAGACCCAGUCCCAGCAGACUCCCUUGGACUUGGCCAGUAUGCGGGGUCACAAACACCUGCUGGCCCAGAUGUAUCGCCUGGAGAAGGAGCGCUGCCGUAAGACACCACUUCGAGGUGGUUUGGCCAACCUUUCCAUGAACAUGGGUGUGGAAACCGAGGGAGCGACGGUUGAGGAGCAACCUCCCGCCAGUUUCAGUAGCUUUGAUUUGGAACUGCAGCGAAAACAUGAUGGAGUUUUCCUCAGGCCAGUAGCUGUUCAUAGCAAUCAGAGUCCUCCCAACAAUAGCAGUCGCUACUCCAAGCGCUCCUCCAUUGACAGUGGAAUCAAUAUGGAUAUACGCAGCAAGUCGGGAAAGCCUUUAGCCAGAUUGCACAGCAACUUUGAAAGCCAUGACACUUAUGCUCUGGGCGUAGACUCACCUCUUGACUCGCUGACUGGGACCAACUGCCUGCUGUCGCCGCUCCGCAAAAUGGACUUUGCUCUCUGCGAGGUAUCGACGGGCGAAUCGAGUCCCGUGCACGACAAAGACAUCGAUUGCGAUGACAACUCGACGAGCGCCACCGAUGUGACCAUUGGCAAUGAUUUGGUCCUGCCCGAUGCCGUUGUAGGGGAUUCGGAUGCCAAAGUUUUGACUUUAGCUGAACAUAUAAUAGCAGCCAUGCCAGAGCACAUUAAGAACGAAGCCGAUGAAAUGAUGGUUUUGGGCAGUCCUUUGACAGAACCUCUUACUUCCGAGUCUUCGGCUUUGACAGACAGCUUUAUGGAUCCUCUGUUGGACUCCUUGCCCAAUACCCAUUUCGACAGCGACUUUAGCUUCGAUUUCCAUGACCAUAGCUAUCGUUAUCACGACGUCAGCACACCUUGUUCCAGCCUGAGUCCGGCUAGCUCUGGGCCUCUGCAGUCACCGGCCAGUUACUCCAUUCUGGGCACUGAUCCUUCGGUUAGCUCUCCAAGUCCGCCGCCUUCCACCAAGCAACUGACGGAGUUCCUGCAUGCCUCCAGCAUCUCGCAGUACCCCUUCGAGGCGGAUUUCUCCAAGCUCACGUUAACGGAUACGGAACAGCGGGAGCUCUACGAGGCGGCCAAGUGCAUCCAGAAGGCGUACCGCUCCUACAAGGGCCGACAGAAGCUCGAGGAGCAGAACAAGGAACGCACCGCCGCCAUUGUGAUCCAGAACUACUACAGGCGGUACAAGCAGUACGCCUACUAUCGCCAAAUGACCAACGCCGCCCUGGUCAUCCAGCAUGGCUAUCGCUCCUACCGUCGGAACAAGCGCUUCAAGAAAAGCAGCCAGGGAUUGGGCCUGGGAAUGGGCGAGGGCAGUGACCAUGGCAGCGUGAGUAGCAACUCGCAGUGCCUGUCCAGCUUUUACGAUCACUACAAGCAGGACCAACAGCAACAGCACGAGAUGGGCUCCCAGCCCAGUACGCCCAAGGAAACCAGUCCUUCUGGCCCAUUGAAGCGCACCUACUCUCAGUCCACCCAAAAUCAAGCUGCCAGAAAAAUCCAACAGUUCAUGAGACAAUCACGCAUCAAACUGCAGAAAGAACGAGCCGAAAAAGAGAAGCUGGUGCACCAACGCAGGGCGGAAUACCUUCAAAACUUGCAGUUUCAAGGGCAACAGGAAAUGUUGGUGUGCCACGAAAAUAGCAUUACUGUUCCGGGCAGUGGCACUACCAAUGCAAACAACAUCAACAAUCUACACCAAAUGCAAUCCAAUCAGUGAGGGUCAACUGAGUGAACUUUUAACAUAGGAACGAGCUGCACUGUUCCAUAAGAAUUUAUGAAUAGCUUUAAAAAACCGAGUGAAACUUUCUACUUUCGUAUUUGUUCCGAUUUGGAAAAAACAAUCCCCAGCACCUCCGUAGUGAAACUUUGUUUCAAAUAACUCUCUAAAAAACACACACGUACACGUACUAUAUAAUGAAUUUUUUAGUAGCUACUACCUGCACUUUUGAUUCAUUUUCCUAACGAAUUUUACAAAAACUAUGAAUAGAAAUACAAAAAAAAAUGAAACACACAUACACACACUGUUUUAAACAUAUGUAGCUUAGGUUAGUGGAUUUUUUAAGGUAUUACUUAAAAGCUAAUCUUAAAUGAAGAUCGGACUCCAGGGAGAAGAUGAGAACACAAUUUUUCCAUUUGUCAACUCGAAAGAACUUAUUACUGAAGCCUUCGCAAAAAAGAACUUUUUAACUCCAAUUGUAGUGAAAAAAUGUAGCCUGCAAUAUAUACAUAUUAUAUAUACAUAAAAUUUAAAUCAAUAUUAAGCAUGUGUAUGCCUCUAUAUAGUUACAAUUGUAUAUAAAUAUUGCCUAACUCGAUGAUAACUAACUAAAUUCUAGUCUAUUUUAACGUAUUAGCCCAAGCUCUGCGAUGCGACUAAGCUUGUCUCUAAAGUAAAUUACGAAAAAAGAAAGCGGAAUAAAAAGAAACACCCUAAGCAUUAUCCUAAAUCCUAAUCCUAACUAGUUGCUAACUGCUCUAUAACUAGGUUUAAGCUAUAAGACUCCACUUAAAGUCCAAAAUGUUGUUGUUGAUUUCUAAAAUCAGAUUCGUAUGGAGUGCGCAGCAGCUACCAAUCUAAAAGCAUACAUAUAUAUCAUGUUUCAAACAAAGAAAACUCUAUUCUAAUUUCCCUAAUGCAAGUACUUAAUGCUAUUUAUGAUGUAUACUAAGUGUAACCUUAUCUGACUACCUAGUGUAAGCCUAGCUAAAAUGAUAGAAGAAAUCAAAAGAAGCCUUUUCACGUAAUUUGGGAAAAUAAAAACAAAAAAGAUCAAUCAACCAGAAACUUGCCAAGAUUUGCUUUGGAAUUUUGCCAGCAUUUUUCCAAUUUUCUGAUUGAUCGCGCCAGUCAAUCUUAACUGCUUGAAGACACAGCCAAAAAACAUGAAUAAUAAAAAAAAAAUAUGAAAUCCAGAACAAGAGAGAAAAGUUUUUAAACUAAAUGUAACAAUAAAUGAAUUUUUGUAAAUUAUUUUUGUCCGUCCACAUUGUUAGCUUUCAUAACAUACCAACAAGAACAUAUAUACUUACAAAAGAAGAAUGCAAUAAAUAUAUAAUAUAUAUAGAAAGAGCCGAUACUGAUACUGAUAGACAAAGCCCAUUUUUAAAGAAGCGUUCAAGUUCGAAUUAGCAAACACAGAUGACAGAGUUGGACUACGAAUGUACAUACACCAGAUCGAACAGUUACCUCCAGCAGGCCCUAAACAAAAAUAAUAUUAUAAAAAUAAGAGAAAACCACAAAAAAAAACACCAACAAACUCACAAAAUCCCAAGUGCAAAGUUCAAGUGCUAGUGUGUGAAAACUGCGAAUUGCAAAUGAGAUGUGCAAAUGGGCUGUGAGUUGAUUUUUACUCGACGAGUGUUUGCCACAAUCAGAAUCGCAGUUGUUGAGGAUGAUGAUGAUGAUGGGUGAGAUUUAGGAUCUAUCACAUUGUUAACUAUUUAACUACGAACUAUUAUACUUAAUUCGCACUAUUAUUACUCUACGAAACUACUUUGAUUGCAUUUUGCUCUUAACUUAACUAUAUAUAAAUCUGAUCAACUGAUUCGAAAUGAAGACUUAAUACGAACUCACUACUCAACUGACUUAAUGAAUUGCAAUCAAUUUUGUUAGAAAACGAAAUUAAUAAUAGCUGUUUAGGCAAGGGUGUUGGCUGAAAACUAAAUCCAAUUAAAUGCAAUAUUUGCACUUACUAAACACACACACUUACACACAAGACACACACUCACACACACACCAUUUGUAAACCUCAAAAAUGUAGAAGCAACCUGAGUGUGUUUUGAUGAGUAAAUAAAAUAUAAAAGUCUUUUUAGAUAGUGGGGAGGCCAGAAGGCAAUGAAAACUUAAGUACCUUAAGCCAAUUGGCACUAAAACUAAACUUAAAUCUAAACAAAAAUUAUAAAUAUACCAUGCAGUAAAAACAAUAAUAACAACAACAACAACUAUUAAAGUAUCAAUAUCGAAUGCUAUAUAGUAGGGCAUUUACCCCGAGCCUAGUUUUGUUCGAAACGGUCUUUUCUUUUCUGAACCGAACCUAAAUCUAAACACCAAAAUUGUUGAUAUCUUAACUUUAUGAAACUUUAUACGACACAAUCUAAUGUAGCUAAAAAUAAUUGGAUAUUUGGUACUCACAUAUCUGUUAGAUAAUUUAUACCUAUCUGUAUCUUCGUCCUAAUCAAAACUUCUAAAGUGCGGCGCAUGUACCGAGCUAACUAUUCUUAUUCCUCGAAUUCAACUAGCUAACCAAUUAAUUAACUCUUUCCCAACAAAUCCAAAAUGUAAUCUGGAUGGUUUGUUUUCUGAAAUUUCAGCUUAGUAGACGAGCAAAUAGGAAUGGAUAUGAAAAACUGUUAACUAAACGUUUAAGCCAAGUAUAACUAGAGUGUAAUCUUUUUAAAAAUUAUACCUUACUUGUAUGAGAUACUUAGCAUGAACUAUACACACAUACAUAUAUCCGCAACUAAAAAAUGUUAAAAAAAAAAUAAAUAAAUCAACGUAUUAUAUACAUACCCAGCAGUACCAAUCGCCCCGGAAUCACCCUGGAUUCACCCUGGAUCCGCCCGGAUCACCCCGGAAUCCAACCGGAAAGCUAGAACAAGCGGCCCGGAAUUUUGUACUGAAAUUUUUGAAAAUGUCCUCUCGGCCCGGAAUUCGAUUUCAGGCAUGAAUCAGCCUUGAAUCCGCCCGGAUUUCGAAUCCGGAUUCCGGCGUGAAAAUUGUCUCGAAAUCGCCCCUGAUUCAGACCUGAAUUUCAGAGCGGAAUCGAGCCCGAAAAGAAAGCAUGAUUCCGCGGUGAAAAUCGUGGCUAAAUCAGGUCGCAUUCAUGACCCAAAAUUAAAGAAAAAAAUUUCCCCUUACAUUCUUCUUCUAAUUUGAUAAUCAUUAUUUUUUAUGAAUUCCUUAAAAAUUGCUGUUAAUUUAUGUUGUAAACUAAAUUAAUAUGUUAAAUAACAUUACAUUAUUAAUAUUGAAUACUAUAUUUAAUAAUUACUCACCCUGGGAUUCGAACCUUAGUGCUUUUGUAUACUGGACCGACAUGCACGCCUCUAAGCUAUCAAGGAAUCGCGCGUACUUUGUGACUGACUAUAAUAUACCUCUACAAAUUUGCAUGUUUAAAACAAUCUCAAUUAUUAAGAAUCCCCAUUUAAAAAAAAUAUUUUGAGACUGCGAUAUUAAAAAAAAAAUUAAAGUAAACAAAAAUCAACUCAUAAUAAAGUCUUUCCCGCUUGAAAUCGAACCCACGACCUUACGAUUAACAGGCAGAUACCUUAAUCAUUGAACCAUGGGGUGAAAGUUUUCCGGGCCCAAUAUUUACAAUGACUAGAAAAUAUUAGUGAUUAAUAACUAAUAUCGAAUAUGCAUAAUUUCGAACUCUAGCAGCAGCAGAGGGCCGGCAGAAUUAGUUCGCCUACUGUGUUUUGACGUCCGAAGAGCAAACCUUAUUGAAUUGUUUUUGUUUUUCGAUCGAAAUUUGACAUUCGGGCCGGAAAAGUCGGGGCCAGGAAUUUCAGUACUGCUGGGUAUGUACAGACACAGAUACACUCACACAUACACACAAAGAGGGAAUAGAAUAUAUAUAUAUAUUGUAAAACGACUUUCCAGUUUCUGUAAAAUUGUAAUUAAAUCCAAUAAAGUUUAAUUCAACACUUUAA